AUGGACGAUGGCGGGAGUUCUUUAGGGAUCAGUGAUGGACCUUUGCUGUGGAACGUGUUCUACGAUAGUCUCAUGAGUUUGGAUUUACUCCAAGGUGUGCAUAUCGUGUGCUUUGCCAACGAUGUAGCAAUCGUUGCCACAGGGCACACUACAAGACUUCUGGAAAUCGCAAUGAACGAUUAUCUGGCCAUGGUAGCCGGAUGGAUGGAUAGUCAUGGACUCACCAUAUCCAGCUCCAAAUCCACCGCAGUCAUGUUAACCACAAAGCUUGGAUACGUGAAGCCAACCUUCCUGUAUAGGGAUGUGCAGAUAGAAUUAUGUGAGCACAGAACUUGUCCGGGAGAAAGCCCGGGGUCGAGGAAGGCCCGCCUUGUCGUGGCGACCCCUCCCGACCGGACAUGA